AUGGAAGCUCCAUCAAAUGGAUGUUUCAAUGCCUUCUUGCAAGGAGAUUUGGUGGAGGAUGUCUAUAUGAUUCCACCACCUGGCCUUGUUAGCCAGAGGGGAGUCCUCCCAGUGUAUGUUGAUGAUCUUGUGAUCACUGGAUCCAAUCCUAUCAUGAUAGAGGCUACUAAACUCAUGCUGCAACAACAUUUCAAGAUCAAGGACCUGGGGGAGAUAAAGUACUUCUUUGGUCUUGAAAUUGCUAGAAGUAAACAGGGAAUUCUAGCCAGCCAAAGGAAUUUUGCUCUUGACUUGAUCAGUGAUCUUGGUCUAGCCAGAUCUAAGCCAGCAGGCACACCAUUAGAGUACCUAUCAGAUGAAUUUUUGCCUGAUCCUACCAUUUAUGAGGAGCUGGUAGGAAAGUUGUUAUACCUUAUAAUGACCAGAUCAGACAUAGCUUAUGCUGUGCAGAAUUUAAGUCAAUUCACGCACAAACCAAAGAAAUCCCACAUGGAAGGAGCUCUAAGGGUGGUAAGGUAUCUAAAGAAUGCACCAGGGCUGAGAAUACUAUUAUCAACUAAGGUUUCAUCACAACUCACAGUGCAUUAUGAUGCAGAUUGGGCAACUUGA